CCCUGCCACAAAACCUCGGAAUAUUUUCACCGGUACAUAGGAAAAAAUUAAAAAAACACACCCCUCCUCUUUUCAGUCGACUUCGACCCAGGUCGUUGCAUUUGUGUUCCCUUCCCUCCCUCGCCAGGGAAUCGACCGCGCCGCCAUGAUGUUUCUUUCGCCGUCGGCGAUUUCUUCCGCCGCCGCUGAAGAGCAAUAAGGAUUCUUCUACCAUCUCUAGUUUUCUCUGCCCUACCUAUUUCACCUCUCAUCUUGUCGAGGCUCUGGUUCGCGAAUUUCGCAUCCCAUAUUGGUGUUACUGGUGAUUAUGUGCCCUUGCUCGGUCGUCGGACGCUAGUUAGAAGAGAAUCAAUGGGCUAAAGGCCAUUUUGACUCAUUCUAGCAAGUCCAAAGCUAUCUGAUGAAAGCUGUCACACUUUUGAAAAGCUUAGUCCUAUUAACCUGAUAAUUGUGCAAUAUGAUGAAGCUCGUCGCACACAUCCUCAAUUAAAUCCCAGAAUGGAUGAAGAAGGUCAGUAUUGAUAAUCCAGAUUGCUUUAGGAUUAUCUUUACUGGUACUUGAUAUGUUUAUUUUUGACGGUUGCUGAUUUAGGAAAGUUGAAGGCACAGAAGUUGAUUGAGCUGCUUCAAAGAAGGGGAAUCUACAAGUGAAGAUUAUUCAGCCAUGGAUCUUGAUCUCCGUUCUUGUGCACGCCUGCUCCGAUUAUGUACCACCCGCCACUGCAUUCGCCAAGGGAGACAGAUCCACCUCCUCCUCCUCAAAAGGGGUGUCCUUGAAUCUGCCAUAAUGAUGGGAAACUGCCUUCUGCAUAUGUAUACUCGGUGUGGCAGCAUGAACGAUGCACAUCGGCUAUUUGAAGAAAUGCAUCAAAGAAACUGUUUCUCUUGGAACACUAUGAUUGAAGGCUAUUUGAGGUCAGGAGAUAAUAGGAGGUCACUAGAGUUAUUUGAUUGCAUGCCUCAGAAGAAUGAUUUCUCAUGGAACAUGAUCAUUUCUGAUUUUGCAAAAUCAGGUAAUAUGGACGUUGCUCAGAAGUUGUUUAAUGGUAUGCCGAGGAAAAAUGGGGUUGCUUGGAAUUCAAUGAUUCAUGGAUAUGCUCACAGUGGUCGUCCAGAAGAAGCAGUCAGACUGUUUAAGUUUCUGAAUUUGAAUCCGUUGGAUCAAUCAUGUACUGAUACAUUUGUAAUAGCGACAGUUAUUGGGGCUUGCACCAAUUUGACAGCUAUUGAUUGUGGAAAGCAAAUCCAUGGUCGCAUUGUUACUGGUGAAGUGGAAUUUGACCCUGUUUUGGGAAGUUCCCUUGUUAAUUUUUAUGGAAAGUGUGGUGACUUGGAUAGUGCAAAUAAUGUUUUGAAUUUAAUGCAGGAACCUGAUGACUUCUCUUUAUCAGCAUUGAUUUCAGGAUAUGCAACUUGUGGAAAAAUGAACGAUGCAAGAAGAAUUUUCAGCAUGAGAUGCAACCCGUGUGUGGUUUUAUGGAAUUCCAUGAUUUCUGGAUAUGUUGCCAAUUAUCAAGCUGUGGAGGCAUUAGCCCUCUUCAAUAAGAUGCGUGGAAGUGGACUCCAGGGAGACUCCACUACAUUUGCUUGCGUUUUGAAUGCCUGCAGUGUGAUAGGCAGUCUUGAUAUUGGUAAACAAAUUCAUAAUCAUGCUUGUAAAGUUGGCAUAAUCAAUGACAUUAUUGUUGCUAGUGUUCUUGUUGACACAUAUUACAAGUGUGGAAGUUGUAAUGAUGCUUGUAAACUAUUUAAUGAGCUUGAAGUGUACGACACAAUCUUGCUCAAUUCUAUGAUAACAGUGUAUUCCAAUUGUGGAAGAAUAGAAGAUGCAAAAAGAAUUUUUGAGAUAAUGCCUAGUAGAACUUUGAUAUCGUGGAAUUCAAUGAUAGUAGGUUUUAGUCAAAAUGGUUGUCCAGUCAAAGCAUUAGCUCUGUUCUGCAAAAUGAAUAAGCUGGGUUUGAUGACGGACAGAUUUAGUAUGGCUAGUGUGAUAAGUGCCUGUGCUAGCAUCUCUGCACUUGAACUUGGUGAACAGAUUUUUGCGAGGGCAAUUAUUGUUGGCCUUGAAUUUGAUCAGAUCAUAUCUACUUCCUUGGUUGAUUUUUACUGCAAGUGUGGAUUUGUAGAGAGUGGAAGAAAAUUGUUUGAUGCAAUGAUGAAACCAGAUGAAGUCUCAUGGAAUUCGAUGUUGAUGGGAUAUGCUACAAAUGGUCGUGGAAUGGAAGCAUUAGAACUGUUUGAUGAUAUGCUGCAUACCGGUGUGGACCCCAGUGAUAUCACAUUUACUGGGGUUUUGUCUGCUUGUGAUCAUUGUGGAUUGUCUGAAGAGGGAUGGAAAUGGUUCAAUGCAAUGAAGUGGGUGUACCAUAUUAAUCCAGGUCUGGAGCACUAUUCUUGUAUGGUUGACCUUUUUGCUCGAACAGGUUGCCUUAAGGAGGCAAUGAAUCUUAUCAAAGAGAUGCCAUUUGAGGCAGAUGCAAGCAUGUGGUCAUCAGUGUUGAGAGGUUGUGUGGCUCAUGGAUGUGUAACUCUUGGAAAAAAGGUUGCAGAGAGAAUUAUUGAACUUGAUCCUGAGAACUCAGGUGCUUACGUGCUGCUAUCUAGCAUAUAUGCCACUUCAGGGGACUGGGAAGGACUGGCUCAGGUUAGAAAGGAGAUGAAAAAUAGGCGGAUACAAAAAAAUCCUGGUUUCAGCUGGGCUGAUAUCUAAGCAAGACAUUUUGAAUGUGGCAUAUUUUCGUGAAUCAAAACUAAGUUCAUCUUCAGAGGGUUUGAUUUUUACUAAUUUUAAGGAAAGAAGAAUGCCUGUAAGUUCCAAUGAUCUCCUGGGCAGCCUUAUCCUGAUAAUGGAGCACUUUAUUAUAUUAAAAUCUUUCAUAUUUGCGAUGAAAAAUAGUUGCUGCCAUGAGGGGUUGACCCACCUUGCUUCUAACUAUUUUGUUAGUGUUACAGUCUCAGCCUUCUAGCCUACCUUUUGUUUAUAACAGCAACAUUUUCUGGGAUGUGUUUUU